GUGUGUUACUGUCCACCUUCCACUCCCCUGUGUGUUUUCUUUGUGUCCGGAUACAUCAGUCUGCCAGCUCCAACUGACAUAUGACAAGCCAUGGUGAUGACCUCAUAUCCUCCCCUCCCCCUUCCUUUCCUUUCUCUCCCUUCCCUUGUCCUCCCAUCAGUCUCACACAGACUAACUGUGUCUAAACAGUCACGCUGUCAUUAGCUGGAAUGUCACACUGACACAGAAACAGAGGGAGGGACUGAGACAGAGGGGGAGAGAGACUGAGUACGACAAACUGAAAGCAGCAGAGAACUAAAGUGGAAGCACUCGGAUUGUCCGAAAAAACGACUGAGGGCGAAAAAAAAUCAGAAGAAACUGAAGUACAAGGAGGAGAAAGACAGUGAAGGAGUCAUCAAAACAGCGAGAGGAAUAGAGCUAGAGAGUAGUGCUGCUGUUCUCCGACACCUAGACAAAACAGUGGUGAGGAUUUCUCUAAACCACAGUGACUGUGUCUGAUGGGCAGCAGUAGCAGCAGCAGGCUGUUUGGUACCCUGGCCCAGACCCUGAACAGUGCUCCACUGGCCCAGCAGGACUACGACCCAGAGCACCAGGACUCAGACCAGGACCCGGAGGGCCUGGAGCAGGCCGACCCAGACCAGCUGCUCAGGGAGUGCGAGGAGAUCCUCCAGAACCGGCCGGCCCGGCCACACAGGGACCUGGUCUACCCUGUAGACCCUAAACACCAGCACCAAUACAGGAACAAUGAGCAACAGCAAACACCAUCUAUACGGGUCAUGACAUGGAACAUCCUAGCUCAAGCUCUAGGGGAGGGUAAGGAUGGCUUUGUGCAAUGUCCUCUGGAUGCUCUGAACUGGGCUGAGAGGAAGUACCUGAUCCUGGAAGAGAUCCUCACCUACCGCCCUGACAUCCUGUGUCUCCAGGAAGUGGACCACUACUACGACACCUUCCAGCCCAUCUUGGCCAGCCUGGGCUACCACAGCACAUUCCUUCCCAAGCCCUGGUCCCCCUGCCUGGAAGUGGCCAGCAACAACGGCCCUGACGGCUGUGCGCUCUUCUACCGCCGUGCACGCUUCAGCCUCCUCCACACCUCCCACCUGCGCCUCUCUGCCAUGAUGCUGCCUACCAAUCAGGUGGCCAUCGUGCAGACGCUGCGUUGCCGGGAGACGGGCCAGAGGCUGUGCGUGGCUGUGACCCACCUGAAGGCGAGGAGUGGCUGGGAAAGGCUGAGGGGGGCCCAAGGGGCUGACCUGCUGCAGAGCCUAAAGGCUAUCACCUCGAGGGCGGCUGGGUCAGACCCAGUCAGUAGGGGACCUGGGGGAGGGAGUGGGACAGAGGGGGUGCCUCUGAUAGUGUGUGGGGACUUUAACGCUGAGCCCUCAGAGGACGUGUACAGGCGUUUUAUCUCCUCCCCCCUGGGUCUGGACUCCGCCUAUAAGCUGCUGAGUGCAGAUGGGCAGACGGAGCCGGCCUACACUACCUGGAAGAUCCGUCCCUCAGGGGAGAGCUGCAGUACCCUGGACUACAUCUGGUACUCUCACGGUGCUUUCACUGUGGACACCCUGCUGGACAUACCCACUGAGGAACAGAUAGGACCUGACCGCCUGCCCUCAUACCACUACCCCUCCGACCACCUCUCACUGCUCUGUGAUGUCAGCUUCAGGGAGCCACGGGAUCAACCUCAUAGGCUGAUGUAGGUUGCCUAUCCGAGGCUUCGUGCAAUAGGGUCUCAGUUCAGGACAGUCCUGGAAGAAUCGACUGGAUCAAACAACAUGUGUGAUACUGGAGAAGUGAAUGCUUAUUUUACUUGAACUGGUGCUGAAAUUUGAUUCUGCAGACUUGACACCAGAGAGUAGUUAUUUAUUUAUUUUUUAAACCAGUACUUGUUUUCUGUCAAGUGAGAUGUUAUCCCUCAUUAUCGUUUUUCUUCAUAUGAGGUGUAUAACUGGUUUAAAGUAAUUGGAGAAUAGGAUCCUAUCAAUACUGUAACUGCUAUUAUUUUCAGUGCUGUGGCAACAAGAAUGCCAAUGAGCAUGUCAAAAUAAAAUACUUACAUUCUGACA